AUGCUGCCCGUAGGCCUCGAGGCUCCCCGCGCACUCACCCGGCGGCCUCUUCUGAGUCUGCUGCUCCUGCUGUGGCUGCUGCUGUGGCCGGUAACCCGCGCUCAGACCACGCAGGGAACCCCCAGCGCCUCGACCAGGCCGGACACCUCCAGCGCCCCAACAGCGCCGGGCUCCCCGAGAGCCUCGAGUCUGCAUGAGCGCGCGCGGGCCCUGAUGCGGGACUUCCGGCUCGUGGAUGGCAAGAACCACCUGCCCCUGUUCCUGAAACAGCAUUUCCGGAACGAGCUACAGGAGGGCAACCUGCGCAAUUUCAGCCUUGGCCAAACCAGCCUGGACAAGCUCAGGGAUGGCCUCGUGGGUGCCCAGUUCUGGUCAGCCUACGCACCAUGCCACACCCAGGACCAGGAUGCUGUGCGCCUCACGCUGGAGCAGAUUGACCUCAUUCGUCGCGUGUGUGCCUCCUACUCUGAACUGGAGCUUGUGACCUCAGCCAGAGGACUGAACAGCACUCAAAAGCUGGCUUGCCUUAUUGGUGUGGAGGGUGGUCACUCACUAGACAGCAGCCUCUCUGUGCUGCGCAGUUUCUAUCUGCUGGGAGUACGCUACCUGACACUCACCUUCACCUGCAACACGCCCUGGGCAGAGAGUUCCACCAAGUUUCAACACUUCUACACCAACAUCAGUGGGUUGACAAGCUUUGGAGAGAAGGUGAUAGGGGAAAUGAACCGCCUGGGCAUGAUGGUGGACUUGUCCUACGGGUCAGACACCUUGGCGCGGCAAGCCCUGAAGGUGUCAAGGGCCCCUGUGAUCUUCUCCCACUCAGCUGCCAAGGCUGUGUGCAACAAUAUGCUGAAUGUUCCCGAUGACAUCCUGCAACUUCUGAAGAAAAAUGGUGGCAUUGUGAUGGUGUCGCUGUCCACGGGGGUGCUGCCGUGUAACCUGUUUGCUAACGUGUCCACUGUGGCAGAUCACUUUGACCACAUCAGAGCCGUCACUGGAUCUGAGUUCAUCGGGAUUAGCGGAAACUAUGAUGGGUCUGGCCGGUUCCCACAGGGGCUGGAGGACGUGUCCACAUACCCGGUACUGAUAGAGGAGUUGCUGAGGCGUGGCUGGAGGGAGGAAGAGCUGCAGGGUGUCCUUCGUGGAAACCUGCUGCGGGUCUUCAGACACGUGGAACAGGUGAGAGAGGAAAACAGUGGCCAGAGCCCUGCGGAGGAUGAAUUUCCAAACAGGCAGGUGGGCAGGUCGUGCCACUCCCACCUGACUCAGCCUCAGAAUGAACACCUGGCCACACACCGGGUGGGAAACAAGUGGCCAACCAAUCAGGCCCUCCAGAGGUCCUCAAAAGCCUCCCCACACCUCGUCCUGGGGCUCAUGGCUGCUGCCACCUUCUCAAUCCUCAUCCUAUGGCUCUAGUGACCUGGCCAGUCCUCCAGAGGUCACUGUGUCAAAGUCUCACAAAGUUCCCCUCCUAGUGGUCCAGGCACAAACAUAGGUAUGCUGAGAAUAAAUAUUUUGGGUACAGA